UCUAGUUCUACUUUUUGUCAGUAAGAGUUGGAAUCCUUACGCGGUUCUGAGUGGGAUUUAGCGCGAGUUUAGCAUCGGGGCUAACGCGUAGGACGCUCGCGUUUUCGCGCUUCGUAACGCGAUUUCUACGCGUAAACGCCGAUUAAAACACGCGCGCCGCUACUUUGCAUCUUCGUGUGCGAGUUGUUGGUUUAAUAUGAGUCGUGUGCACGGAUCGGAUAGCGUAAAAUGACCUUCUCGCUGGUGCUAGUGGUCCCGUAGCCAAACAGCGAAGUGGCGACGUGUUGUACAUUGAGUAGGCAAUGGUGCAAGGACGGGGAGCGUCAUCAGCAGGAAUACUUUGGAAUAACUAUAUACUGCAUACUGGAUAAACAGUAGACAUUGCAAUGGUGUGACCUACCAAACGUAAACCAUGGCCCACUUCCACUCGUAUGUAUCACAGUACAGAGACAACAAGGAAGCCGAAGAAGAUGAUGCCAACCAGGCUCCAGACACAACCAAGCCAGACCUCAACAACAAAGACACGAAAACCCAACCGGACUGUUUCCCCUGUCCACACUGCGAGAGACGCUUCACCUGCAAACAGGGCCUGGAACGCCACAUGCACAUCCACAACAAGAAACCGGCAGUAGGGGGCACUGUUCAACCCGAUUCUUCAUCUCAAGCUAAUAUAGAGACUUCAGAGGGGCACCAUCCUUGUCACCACUGCUCCAAAGUAUUCAACUCACUCACAAACAGGCAAAGACACGAGCGCCGGUUCCAUGAAGUACAAUCUGAAGCAACACAAGAUGAAAAUACACCCAUUAUAAUCGACACAGACUCGCAAGAAGUUGAAACUGGGCAAGCUGGACAAUACAUACUUGACAUUUCGAGUAAUAUUUCAGAGAAUUUGAGUUUUUUCAUCGACGGGAAGCUCGUCUCUGCGAGUACAUUGCAAGAGACCGCAGAGGCUUCAGCUUUAGUCAGCGUGGAUGCCUUGAUUUUGAAUCCUACCCAAGUUGUAAAUGAUAAUAAUAACUCUGAUCUAACUACUGCAAGGUUUAAAAGACGAACCAGCACUCCCCAGCAAAAUGAAGAAACGCCAGACGUAACUGAAUGUAAUGUAAGUGUUGAACCAAUAGAAACUCACAAUUACGCGUGCGAUGAGCAAGCGGCCGAUGAAAAAGCAGAGCCAGUCGAAACUGUGAAGGAGCUGGAAAGCGGUAGUAAGCCUUUAGUGAUUGGAGGUCACUCUUGCAAUCAGAAACCGCUCGAUUUGUCCAAUACCGUCAAAAGAAGCGAAGACGUGGCUCUGGCGAACGCCGUGCUGGAUUUAAGCGUGCAGAAGAAGACCGCGGAGGACUCUGAACCAGUGAUCGCAGUUACUAACGUGAAUGAACCGAGUGGCAGUGAUAACGCUGACGAACAAAACGCAAACUUGACCCCUCUCGUGACGGACUUCGCCAUAGUAACGGGUUCAGAUCUGGUAACCCCGGUGGAGCAGAUCGCAGACGGGCUCGUGUACGGACUCGCAAUCCCCGCAAACAGCCUGACGCCAGCUCCGACAUCUCUAGCCCCCGUAACGUUGCAACCCACUUCGCCGUGCGCUAUAGCGUUUGCUUCGCCCACUCUGCCCACUACCCCUUCUUUGAUAACCGUACUGGCACCGCCGUCGCUCCCAGCCCAAACGAACCAGCCUCUUCAAGUUCUCGCUCCUAAUUUAACCCAAGAGCCUUUAGUCAUUUGCGCAGACAACAGUUUGAACGCAGAUUUAAGCACUGCGAAUUCUGCUAAUCUAGUCACGCUGACGCAACCAAUGGACCCAACGUUGAACAUACCAGGACACGUCUUCUUAGCCGAUCCAAUCUCUCUGAAUCCACCUCUAGUCGAGUCCACCCCCGUGGCGCUUAACGAUCUCAACUCCUUCAAUAUCGCGAGCAACACCGUGCUGAUAGAAUGCACGAUAUCGCUAGAGGCUACAGGAAGUGUGGUCCCCGCCGCCAUAGCGUUACAAGAAAAUCAAGUAGAACAACCAACGCAAGUGCUGGUCAAUCACAUAGAGCAGCAGCAAAUUGUUUCAACGCCAAAUGUGGAUUCUGCGAUAGUUAUGUCGUCCGUUGAGGAAUCGGUGAUGAUCUCUGCGGCGACAAUGACAGAAAGUCCUACAGCAACAGAAACUCGCGAUGUUGAGCCUUCGGUUGUUGUUGAGACGGCUGCAACAAAAGAUGAUCAACAGCAGGAUGAAACUAUUUCGGAAACGCAAAACGCAACAGAAAGUCAAGAAGAAAAAGUGGAAAAGGAGGAAGAUCUGGAUGACUCCCAAGAGCAAACCUUCACCAAAAAUUUCAUCUGCAAUGUUUGUGAGAAGCUGUUCCACUCGAUGAAGGAGCUGGGGCAGCACGUGGUGGACCACGCCGAGAAAUGGUCAUACAAAUGUGAAUUCUGUCUGCUUCUUUUUGAAAAACCGUCCGAUCUGCUUGAGCACCGAUCAAGCCUCCACGGCGUUGGAAAGACGUAUGUUUGCAGCAUUUGUACGAAGGAAUUUGUCUUUCUGUGUAACCUGAAGCAGCAUCAAGAGGAGCUGCAUCCAGGUCAACAGUGCACGCAUACAGAGGAGGAGAAGGGAAAACUUAGACCGCAAAAUUACAACAACUUCUCAAAAGAUAAUAAACUUAACGCGCAAGAGGAAACCAAAGUCGUCAAGAAGGAAGAAACUGAUGUAGCGACGGAUGAGCUGUUCACAACUAUAAAAAUAUUGGCUUCUGAUAACGGUAAACACAAAGGGCCAGACGUGCGAAUGGGCAUAAACCAGCACUACCCAAGCUUCAAGCCGCCUCCGUUUCCUUAUCACAACCGCUCGCCGGCCGCGUCGCACGCUUCCGCCACCAACUUCACCACUCACAACAUCCCCCAGACCUUCAGCACCGCCAUACGCUGCACCAAGUGUGGCAAGAGCUUCGAUAACAUGCCCGAGCUUCACCAACACAUAUUAGCCUGCGCGAAUGCAAGCGACAAGAGGCGGUACACGCCCAAAAAGAACCCCAUCCCGUUGAGACACUUCGCCAAGGGGCAGAACGGCGUGCUGUCGACGACCAACGCGGCAAACGGGCUGAACACGGAGAAGCUGAGCGCGGAAGCCAAAAUGAAACUGAAAGUGCUCACCAAGAGACAGAAGAAGCUGGCGCAGAAGCAGAAGGCGAUGACGUUGACGAGCGCAAGUCCCACUGAGAUGUUUGUGUGUCCUCACUGCAAGAGGGAGUUCACGAUGCGGAGAAGCAGGACUAAACACAUGGCGGUCUGUCCCAAGAAGCCAGCGGAGAAACGCAAAGACGGAAUUGCGAAUGAAAACGAAAGGCAUCAGCUCAAAGCGCACGCAAUCGAUAAAGCUAAACUUCAAACGUCAAUGCAUCACAACACCAGACUACAGACGGGAAGUGUGAAAAGACCAGCUGUAGACGGCAUUUUCUCCAGUAAAAGAAGUAAACUUAUCAUUAAAGAAACUCAAGAGGCGUCGCUAGACAAUGAACUUCCAAUCGUACGCACUUUCAACCCGGCCAUGCGUCAGUACGGCCGGGUGCACCACAGCAUUAAAGAGCUCCCCAUUAAGAUCACCAUAGUGAAGCCGCAGCAGCCCGAGCAGCAGGGGGAGCGCGCACACAUACAGGGACAGGAGGCCACACCCAGCGCAGAACAGACGGCGGCAGUCUGAGCAUCGCACACAAACAGGCCUCUUCUGUACGGAGCUGCUAAUUAGCCCGGCUUCUGCGGCGGCUCGGGGGGGGGGAGUUGGUGAACUUUUAUCGAACGCCUUUAGCUGUAAAUUGAAGGAGGACGCUGGCGAAGGCGGGCGCAGUCACUGGAUUUUCAGAUUCCACUUUUACAGUCCCCUUUUCAUUUGCGCUCGAGCCUGGAUUUGCACUUUGAAGUUAAUCAGAGCCCUCCACGGCGCUGGAUGGAGAGAGAGGUACUGGGUAUAAGGAACUCUCUGGUAAUUUUUUUUUUUUUUGGGGGGGGGGGAGGUACCACGCAAUCAUUGGAAGCAUGAAUUUGCACUUUUUUUCCUUUUUCUAUGUGUUUCGUGGCCUUUUUCGGUUCAGCUCAAGCAUGCUUAUGGAGUUAUGAAGUUUAUUUUGUGACAGUGAUCCUUAAUGAGAUUUGGCCUUAAAGGUGAACUGUGUAACUUUUCUGGUGGAGGGUCCGCUACCUGCUUGUUUCCAUGUAAAUGUUAACGUUUUUUCUUGGAAUCUUCCACAGUAUGCCAUUUAAUUUAACUGUCUCCAUGACACAACCAAGUUACAAGUCAGAUUUGUGGAGAGGAGGACCCGUUCUCAGUAAUAAUCCAAGUUUUUAAAUGGUCACUGCAAAAAAACUUGGCCAAAAUUGAAGAUGUAAACACUUAAAUCUAUCAGAAAAUGACUCAAAAGUAGUGAAAUUAUCCGUCCAUGCAUCAAGAUUGACAAUUUAUCUUAAAAUAAACGACCUCUAGACUAGAUUUAAACCGUCUCAGAACUAGAAAGUAGAUAAUAAAUCAAAAAAAAAUAAAAGAAUAACCUUAUAAAAGCUUUAAAAUCUUGACCAAAUCAGAGAAAUUUGCAGUGUUUUGAGAAAUAAAACCACCUGUAAUUGAAUAAAUACAAUGUCUAUUUGUUUAAUGCCAUACCGUGGAACAUUUUGGGCAAAGCAAAAACAUCUCCAUGGAGACAAGCUGAUAGCAGACCCUCCUUCAGAAAAGUUGCGCAGUGCACCUUUAAACAACGCUGGUUUAGUUUAGUUGAGUCAUAAACACAAACUAAGGUCCUGGCUGUUUGUGCGUUCAUAUUUGUACACUUUUGGUUUCUGUUAGAGUUUCUGAGAUUUUCUGAAAUGACGAUUUUCCGAAGAGUAGUGCAAAUGUCAAGUAAGAGUAAUAUAUAACUUUUUACUGAUAUUACUCAAGUAUAAGUACAAAGCAGUGGUUCAAGAAAUUACUCAAGUAAGAGUAAAAAGUACAGCUGCAAGAAACUGCUUCUCAAAUAAGAGUAAUUUUAUGAGGAGCUGUGAGGAAGUUUGAAAAAAAAAGUGGUGUUUUUAAUUCGAAAUCUGUGUAAUUCGAAGAGCAAAACACGCACAAUAGUAUUUUCAGCAGAAAGAGAAAAAACAAAGUGAUAUUUGAAGGAGUAAUGCACUUAAAAAAACACUUUUGUCGAAGAGUAACCAAAACAUAAACUCAAGUUACUCAAAUAGGACUAAAACUGAGACGAACAAUUUAGCAAAAACCUACUCAAGUAAAAGUAACUGAAUACUACCUGUUUCUGAUAGUAACAACAAUGAUUGGCUUUGUGUAUUACUGUGUAGUCUGUCAUUUUGAAUUUGGCAACAUCAUUUUUAAAUAUAUAUAAAUAUUUACUUGUACAAGAUACUAAAGAAGCCCGUAUUAUGCUUUUUUCAAAUUUAUUUUAUGUUGUUUUGUCAUCACAAACAAACCUGGAUUUGUGUUUUGUUUCAUUCACACAAAAACUCUGGAUAUUUAGGCUGAGUUCUUUUCUCAAAUGGAAAACAUACAAGAAAUGCUCCACUGUGUUUUUGUCUCUACACCUUCACUUAAAUCAGGCAUGUCCAAACUAUGGCCCGUUUUUGAAAAUCUACCUUGAUAAAGCAAAAGUUUAAUAUUUCGUGUGUGGUUUUGAGGAUCUUGGCAUGAAUAAAGACAAUUAUUCAGUGUGUUCAGCACCGGUCUACGGCCCUCGAUCGGCCCUGUGCUCGUCUGUGUUUAGAUAUGUGGCCCUUGAUGAAAAAAUUGUGGACAUCCCUGACUUAAAUCAGUUGGAUUUCAGACAAUUUGUACGGAAUUAAAGAGAAAAGGAGCUGUUACCAUUACUUGACAUCACAAGGUAAAACAGAACAUUUUGAGCUUUGGAGAUAUAGACAGACUAAUAACUAAUAAAGUGUUACUCAAACAUGUGAAUGAAACAAAACAAAACUCCAGGUCUGUUUUUGAAAACAUUAUAACACGUCUUAAAGCUCACAAGAGUCAAUUUUGUGUCAUAUCGGACUUUUAAACUUUUACUCGAAAGUCAUAACUCACUCACAGAUUUGCUCAGAUGACCGAAAGUAGCUCUAAAAUAACAUUACUAAACAAAAUCAAAAGUGAAAAUAUGUGUACAAAUAGCUGGAUCGUAGAAAAACAAAAGGACAUAGAGAACAACAGUUUACUGCACUCUCAUUUACUACAAAAAUAUAACAGUUAAAAUGAAACUGAAUGUAAUAUUUGACUGAAAUCCUGUUGCAGCCUUUGGUUAUAAAAAGUCUGUAUUUGUAUAAAAGGCUUUAAAAUUGAAAAUGCUUAAAAUGUGCCAGUAUAUAACAAGCAACUAACUUAAGUGUAACUGCUAACGUCUCCUUACCUUCAUGUUUCCUCAUGUCUAAAUUAGGGGUGAGCGAUGUGGACAAAAAGUUAUAUAUUUGUAUUUAUUUAUGCUUUGACCGUCCCAAUUAAGUCAUGAGUUUGUUAAAGGAAGUGAUAAAAUUAAACACAAAAUGGUAAUAAAUAUCUAGUCCGACUUUAGACCCUGUUUAGUUCUGGUUUAGUUUCCAUUUAGUCCUGGUUUAGUCUUGGUUUAGUCCCUGUUUUGUCCUGGUGUAGUUCUGAUUUAGUUACUGUUUAGGCCUGGUUUAGUCCUUUUAGUCCUGGUUUAGUCUUGGUUUAGUCCCAUUUUAGUUCUGGUUU